AUGGCCGCUUUCCGCAGAGUGGCAGCUCUGGCCGGGAAGAUGAACCUCUGGUCGGCGAGGAGAACAGAGCUGGUCGGCGGUCAGAGGCCCAGUGGAGGGAGAGUCCGGGGCUGUGUGGCGGUCGGGAUGUGUGUCGCGGCGGGAGGCGCCGUGGCUCUUUACCUCUACAGCGACAUGACGCGCGGCAGAGGCAGGAAGAGGAUGGAGAGACACAGCAUCAACGAUUUACUGCCGACCAUCCCCCGAGUCCAGGCGAAGGAGAAGGGACGUCCGUUUGACUUUGAAGACGGAGACGUGUACAUGUCGUCCCACGAGCAUCGUUUCCGCAUGUUCAGCUCAGCGGAGUAUGACGGGCAGCUGUACAUGACCCCGCAGAACUUCAUCGAGUCGGUCACCAUGAAUGAACCAAUAAACAAGAGGCCCUGGAGGUCCCUGACCAAACAGGAGCUGGAGAAGAUCCUGUCAGACACUCCCGCAGUAUGGAGAGGAUCCUCUAAACUGUUCCGCAACCUGAGAGAACGAGGCAUCAUCUCCUACACAGAGUACCUGUUCCUGCUCUGCAUCCUGACAAAGCCCCAUGCUGGUUUCAAGAUUGCUUUCAAUAUGUUUGAUGCAGACGGCAACCAGAUGGUGGACAAGAGGGAGUUCUUGGUGCUUCAGGAGAUCUUCCGGAAGAAAAACGAGAAGAAGGGAAGGAAGGGAGAUGCUGAAAAGUCAGCACAGUUGAGUAUGCAGCUCUAUGGAUAUCAGGUUGCCCCCAUGAACAGCGUGCUUAAAAAAGACAGUCAGGAGUUUAUGGCGCGGAGUUACUGGGACGUUCUGAGGCGAAGUGCCAGUCAAGUCCUGUUUUCUGACCUGGCCGAGCGAUCAGAUGAGACUAUUACAAUCGACACCACCCUGCUGGUCCAUUUCUUUGGGAAGAAAGGGAAGGCAGAGCUGACGUUUGAUGACUUUUACAGGUUUAUGGACAACCUGCAGACAGAAGUGUUGGAAAUUGAGUUUCUGACCUACUCUAAAGGAAUGACCACCAUCAGCGAGGAAGACUUUGCAAAAAUCCUCCUGCGCUUCACCAAUGUGGAGAACAUCAGCGCCUACUUGGAGAACGUCCGCCAGUGUAUACCUGAUGAGAAGGGAAUCACCUUCGAUGAGUUCAGAUCCUUCUUCCAGUUCCUCAACAACCUUGAGGACUUCGCCAUCGCCAUGCAGAUGUAUAACUUUGCCUCUCGCUCAAUUGGACAAGAUGAAUUUGCAAGAGCAGUGUAUGUAGCCACUGGGCUGAAGCUGACACGUCACCUUGUAAACACCAUCUUCAAGAUUUUUGACGUAGAUCACGACGAUCAGCUCUCCUACAAGGAGUUCAUCGGCAUCAUGAAGGACCGGCUGCACAGAGGAGGCAGGGGCUACAAAGCUGUUGCACGAUUCGUCUCCUUUAAAUCCUGUCUGAAGAAGGAGCUGGCCAGCAGAUAAGUAUUACUAACAGCAACCAACUACAGAACCAGUGAGAUUUCCAUUAUAGCGCCAGUUUGAUUAUGAGAAAGUAAUAACAGCAGCAGUCACAUUAAUACUUUUUCUUUCCUCUACUAUACCAUUCGAUCUUUAUCAGCAGCAUCAUGACAGGAUUAAAUGAGUUUAUUAAAUGUAAAUGUUGUUUUUUUCCUAUUAUAUUAGGAAAGUAGAACAAGUCCACGGAUGUACAACUUACUUACAACACUGCAUUUGCUUCUGUAAAUAUCUUAAUGCAAAGGGGAAUAUUACAUCAAUCUUCAGACAUCUCUCACUCACCUUUUUUUAAUUUGAUGAUAUUGGUCUAGAGUCGCUGCCUGGUCCUAGUGCAGUGCAUUGGCAUAAUGUGGAAAUGUGAAUUUAGUCACCAUCUUCAUUGAAAUCACAUUUUAAAAGACUUCUGCCUCCGAACAUGACUUUGUCUCCCUUUGUUCUGUGUGCACCAGGUGAAGGGUCAACACUACACCUCCUUCUCCAGCUGCGUUCGCUCUGAGGCCAGGAGACAAGUUCACCGGCUCUGGAGGAAGUACAAGGAGAAGUCGUAGAAGUGGCCGCAGACAGACUGCGGAGGAAAACCUGAAGGAAGAAGAUUUUUCUAGAGCAAGAUGACUGAGGUCUGACUUUUAAAGGCAGUAGCCUAAGUUAGCAGGACACAUCUCAAAAUAAAAAAUAACCCUACAAGCAUGACUGCACACAGUUAAUGGUGCUCUGUAUGCUGAUGAUAAGCAACAUGAGAUGCUUCCUGUUUUCCCUCUUCUCCUUAUUCCAAGUAUGAUUGACAGAGCUUACUGACAAAGUAGAAAUUGAAUUCAGCUUCAUUGUACAAGCAUGGCGACACCAAAACAGUUAGUGAAACUGCAACUGAUGAUUAUUUUUAUUUUAGAUAAUGAAUGUGACCAGCAUAAAAUGUUAAGUCAUUUAUUAUAUAGGUAUGACUAAGCAAGAACAACUGAAAGGAAUCCUUACGUUAUGAUCGUGUAUGUAUGUGACCAGUUAUAGUCAAAGCUAUAUUCUUUUCUUUUAAUUUGUUAAACUGCUGCACUACAAUCUAAAAACCAAGAGAGCACAACAAUGAUUUGAUUAUAAAAUCAGUGUCAUACUGAUGUUAUCCAUAUGAAAUUAAUAUAAAAUAAUAUUUAUACAAAUUGCUUAACACUAAAUUUGCUGUAUACAUCAUAUUUUUUAUGUUUUGUCUAAAUCUCAUUUUAAUCAUCUCAGUUUUUUUAACUUUGUUAUUUAGUUUAAUCCGAUGCAGCCAGUAGAGUUUUUCUUUGAUUUUCAAUGACUGUAUCUAAACACUGCUGCUACACAUAGGAAGUAUAUAAUAUACGUAUAAUACCACAGAACUUGGGAUGUCUUCGACCUGAAUGUGACAGCAGGCUACAAAACAUGGAAGACGAGGAAAGAGAUAUUUUUUUAGUAAUUUCAAUAUCUUCACCAGCUUCUUACCUUAUUGUCUUGACUUGAUUUGUGUUUAAGAGUCCUUGGUGCAUGUAUGAUAUACAGAUGUGAUGAAAUAAAGGAAAAAACCAGAAGAAAUAGUGGAGGAACAGGAUGGCAAUACAUCCAUCCAUAGGGCACUGUCAACACUUGACCUUGACAGUCACCACAUCUCAAACCGAGUAAAAACCUAUGAGAGAUUUUGGACCGAUGUGUUAAACAGCGUCUCUGUGACUAUCAUCAUGACACCAAAUGAGGAACUAUCUGUUAAAAGAACUGUGUCCAUUUAGUAGCAUCAAUGCCAAGGUGUAAUGAAGUAAUAAUGGCAACCCACACCUUACUAAAUGACUUACAAAGGUUUUUCCUUAAUUUAUCUUUUACAUCUGCAAACUGUCACGUAACAAACCAGACUCUCCCAGCAAUUAUCAUCACUCUGUAUUUAAAAGAAAAACAGCUAAACAAGUGCAAUAACUCUGUUAUAAAUACUAUGUGUGAUUCAAAUCACCAAACCUCUAAUGUUGUUAUAUAUUAAUAUCUUCCUGAUCAUCAAUUUCCAAUGACUUGACCGAAGAUAAAAAAGAAAAAUAUUAUAUUCUGAGUUGUAAUGUGUAAAUAAAGUUGGUGUCAAGUUAUUGGACAUAAUGUAAAUGGU